AUGCGAGGCCUCUCCAAGCCCACCGUUAUUGAGGCAUCCCAAGUCGCUUCCACUGUUCCUCUUGAUCAUGUAUCUACUCCUGUUUAUUCUCCUGUUAUUAAUCACCCUGCACCCUCUGUUAUCUCUCUCGUCGCACCCUCGUCUGAUCCUUCAUCCUCACCCUUAGUUGGUCGGUGCCUCGAGCAAUCCUGUUCGAUUAAUGGUAUUUCGUUCGACGUUCUGUUUGAUACAGGUAGUCCUACGUCGCUUAUUAGUUCCGAGAUCGUUCAUGUUAAUAACUGGCCUACAUACCCUGUUGAACCCUUCGUUUGGUCUAGUAUUCUUCCUGGUCGUCGAUCGUCUACUUCUACCGCUACAUUUUGUGUUUUCGAAAUAACCGGUUCCAAGUUUUCUGCUGCUGCUUAUGUCUCGAAUGACUUGGUUAAUAAAGUUAUUGUUGGGUUCCCCGUUGUCUCUAAAUAUUGGGAGUUGUUAUCUCCAGCCUUACCCACUACAUCUAGUUCCAUUUACGCUGUUGAUUGGUUACAUGAAGGUUCUGUUUCUGAUUUAUACCCUAAUGAAAUUCAAGAAGUAUUUGUUGUCUCGUUAGCCGCCAAUACGUCAUCUGAUUCCUUUGCCCUACUUCCCGAUGAUUUACAAGAUGCUUUCUCCUCCACCGUCAGUGAUGAGUUAUCUCCUUCUGCUGCCUCUCGUACGUUUUCCCACGAUAUUGUUUUAAAAAAGGGGGAGAGUUUACCAAAAUUUCCUCCUUAUAGACUGACACCAUUGUUAACGCAGGAAUGUAAACAUAUCGUUGAUGACUUACUUGCAAAAGGUUUUAUUGUUAAUAGUGAUAAGCCAUAUUCAUCCCCAGUAUUAUUGGUAAAAAAGAAAAAUGGUUCUUAUUGA